AUGCAACUCAUAAGGAAGACCUAUUGCACCACAUGGGGAAGGAGUCUUGGCAUCAGGACCACCAUUCCUUGCGGUGUCUCAGAUCAAGCUGAAACUGAGGGCCUUGCCUUACCCGGUAUGGAUGAUGGAAUUCUCACCGAAAGAGAAGAUAUUAUUUUGACUGAUGAUGGUAUGGCUAGAGUCCAAGCCCUUCCUAACAGACCGUACAAAUAUGUGCUCACGGCCAGCUCUGCUGAUUAUAGUAAACAUGAGGAAGUCUUCGGGGGAAUUGCGAAGGUCCUCAGUGAAGGCGCCGUAGAUGGUAACACUAACUACGAGGCUCAGGGACAGGCCUUUAGAUAUGCCACCUAUCUUACUGAGUUCGGCUUCACUAAUCUUGGAAAAACCAACCUCGAUGGAACUCCGGCACGGGUACUCGUCGGCUACGCCGCCAACAUGCCAGGAGGUGAUACACUUGAUGGGUUCGCUAAGGAAGGAAUGGGGGCCGACUUCUUCACUGUGUACAUGGAUGGAAAUGUUGAUGGUAAAGUAUUGAAGAUGGAGGCCAGGAAUAGCUAUAUGGGUAACGAACUCUAUCAAGAAGUGUUGGUGACAGCUUACGGCGAGCUCAAGGGGGAUAUGAGCCUCAAGGAGGCUGUUGACGAGCUCCACGCCACUUAUGCGAGUUCUGUUGAAUACAACAUGUCAGCACAGAACCCGUUCGUCAGCUCUGCAUUCCGUACUCACAGUACCGCGAUUGUGUCUGGGAAGUACCUGUCAGAAGCUGAGCGUCUAUUCUAUUCGGCUUAUGAAGGACGUUGGUCGGUACUGGACUGGAUGAAGAACGGUCGCGGCGCUCGAGGUCUUCGCAAUAACAAUGCGUCAUCUAUAUUUAAACCUAUCGAGUAUUUUGGUAUUGAACCAAACAGUGCUGCUGAAGAGUACUUUAAGAAUCAAAACCAUGGUAGGCAGCUUGCUCAAAUGGCUUUCCCUGCAAAUUGUAGCUUGACGAAGAAGCCGGAUAGUGACAUCUUCUGUGUCCAUGCUGGAAUAAACAGGGUCGGUGCUAAGAACACCAUCGAUGCCACUGGAUCGCUGUUCGACCAUUAUUCGCCCGAUGAAAAACGUAUUUCGGCCGGAUUCAUACUCGUCCAGGAGAGCAACCUUGCUGUUGACCUCCAUAUAUCUGGUGGGGGCACUGCCGUCGUCUUUUCAACCGAUGGCGAAGUAAGCCUCGAGGCUACAGCUGGUUUUCAAGUUCUGGACGGUGGAAACCCUAGCUAUUUCGAUGGUCCAGUGAAUAUAGCCUGUGGUUAUGUGCUCAGUGGCUCGGUGUCGCUCAAGUCUGGUAACACAGAUCUGCUAACUGCUACAUUCGGUGGUGUUGGAGUGGUCGGUGGCGGUGCCAAUAAUUAUAUCGGAAACUUACUCCCGCUGGAAGGUGGAAUCGAUGCCGGACUCGCCGGAUUCAUAGCUGAGGGUGAAUUCUACGUUGAAUCAACAGGUGGAAGUUUCCUGAAGUACACACUCGACUUCCCUGUUGCUUAUGGUAUCUGGGCGCCCUUCUACAAGCACACGGGUAGUUUGAUUAUCUUUAAUCACACGGAGAUCAACCUUAUCAACAUCUGAUUGUGGCCCUGGAUAGUACAAAAUGUGUACUACAAAUCUUGUUAUCUCGAUCACGGUACUUCUGAUCCCUGUUAAGUCUUCUGUCUGCCGAGAAAUGUCAUCGAUUCUUGCCGCCACUCCUACUGAGGAGUGACGCCUCAUUUUUGCCCUCCUAUCGCUCUACUUUUUGAAUGAGUCUCAUCAUAGUCUGAGCACCUGCUUCUGGUGCA